UCGAUUCUUUCAAAUUCGCCCCGAAGGACGACAGGUGCACGUCUUGUGUGUCGGCUCAACGCUUGGCCGCGACCGUUGGUCUUUGUCAUCGCCGCCGCCGCCGCCGCCGCCGCCACCGCCACGUCGCCCAGUCCAGCUCAGCUCAGCUCAGCUCAGCUCAGCUUAGCGCGAAUUUCCGGCCAUUUCGGGCACAUUCUGUCUGUCCCGCGCACGCGUCGACUCGGCCGACUGCCCCGACAUCAGGCACCGCCCGUCCACUCGUCCACUCGUCCAUUCGUCCACGCGCCCAUCCAUUUUGCCAGUCCGUAUCAGUCCAGCCAGUCGCCUGCCACAUGGCGCAUUGCCUUUCGUUUGACACACUUCUUCCGCACCCCCGCCCCCGUCGCCAUCUCUGCCAGUCGCCACGCCUCCUUCACACUGCCCCUUUGCUCAUGCUCGUUUGUCUGUCUAUCCGCCCUUGUGCGCACUCGCACACACGCACUUGGUCAGGCAUGUGUCUUCUCCAUGUCCUCGUUCUCAUCGCUAUCGAGCAUUUCGAUUUCACUCGUGAGCUUGUCACUAGUUCAAUUGAUAUAUCGAUCGAUUUGCCAGUCGAUCAAUUGCCUAUUCAAAUGUCCAGGCCUUGGGCUGUCUACUCGAAGGUAUGAAGACCAAGAUGGUGUGUGGCCUUUGGUCGGUCUCGUUUUGGUUGUAGACAAGUCGGUUGACCGUGUUUUCGCAACUUGGUCUGAUUGGUAG